AUGGAUUCAGAUGAAUUCCCAGCUGGGCUCUUAAAAGAUUAUUUUGUAAUAGAGUCAGAAAGCAGUGGAGCGUUCAAGAGAUUUGAUCUAGAGAGACUUGUGAAGGAAGGAAGAGUGGAGGGGGAGAGUGAAGCAGAGCAGAAGGGGUUGGGGGAUGAAAGUGAGAAAGUUGAGAGCAUCGGAUUUGCAAAAUAUUCAGAUGGAAGUAGCGAAGCUCAGACUAGUGCUCUCGUAAAUUUAUAUAAAAACCUGAACACAAGAAUAAGAAAAUCUCCAUCUCAAGAUACCAACAAUUUAAAACAUCUAAAAGAUCACAAAAUGCUUCUAAAGCACCCAAAUAAGCCAAAAUCUACAUCUCGAACUCCAAGAACCCAACCCAAAAACUCACAAAAUUACAAGCCAAAACCCAACACCAACCCUUACAAAAACACCCUCACUCAAACCCCAAAUCCAUCCAAUAAUCCCAAACCUGCCCUCAACCCUCCUCAAAAAACCCCUAAACCCCCUUCAAAACCCCACCAAAAUCCCCGUCCAGCCACCCAAAUCCCAAAAACAUUUUAACCCGAACAAAGACCUGAAACCUGCUAAAAGAGUUAAGCCAAUAAGCGAAAAGAAGGAGAUUCAAGGAGAUUCAAGGAGAUUCUACAGUGAGAAGACAGAUGAAGGGGAAGCAGAAGAUGGCUGUGAGAGAAGGUGAAGCAAAGGAAGGCAGCAGGAAGGGAAUUAGGGAGAGAAAGUAUAGAAAGGGAUGAGUCCGAAGGAAUUUAAUUGGAAGAGUGUAUGAGAUGAAAAAAGCAGCUCAGAUAGAGCAUAACCAAAUCAGUUUAGGCAGGAGAGUUAGGGAUAAGGAGAAAGAUAAUGUUAAAGAGAAAUAUCAGGGGGGUUGUUGCAAAGGAAGUAUUAUAAAGAUCAAGCAAAUUGAGAGCUUAGAGAGAUAUCUUUCAAGUAAAAGAGAUUUCACACCAAAUGUCUUCCCUCAGAUGCCAAAAAUUGGGACUCUCAACUUCAUGCGAAAGUUUCGAAACAGUCAUUUCUCUCCUCAGCUUAAAUUCAAUGAGCUUAGUAAUGAUACAACACUAGAGAUAAACAAACUGAUGACUUGAAUACCAACUAAACCAAAAGAAGCUCCAAUCGCUCAAAGAAAACCCCUGGCCAAAAAGUCAACUAAAAAUGCUGAAAACCACAACACCAGUCUGAAUCUAAAAAGAAUGUACAAAAGACUUAAGAACAAAGUUGAUGUCAAAUGGGUCAAAUCUAACCAACAUUGGAAGGAAUUAGAUGCUCCAAGAAUAAGACUCUUUUCUCAAGAAGGAGAGAGGUCAAAGUAUAACAUAAAUAUGGUCAGGAAAGUUUACAGAAACUUAAAGUUAUAAGCAACUCUACUACUAAUCAUAGUCUCAUCUCUGACAAGCAGAUUAUGAGACAAAGGAAAAAGAGAGGCUUUGCUUCUGUCAAACCUCGGCUAGACUUUGGCACCCAAGAUCCUUCACAUAUCCUAAGUGUCAAUGAUACUAUGUAUACUGACCGCACUGGAAGAAAUCUAAGUGAACAGUAUAGAUAUUGAAAUACUAAAGAUAACUCUUUCGGAAGAGAUCCAACCAGAUCCAAUAAUGACCUUACCAUUGCCCCAUAUUCAACUAUGAACUUCGGGAUGAUUAGUGAUUCUUUUUUCGAUGACGGGCAUCCUAAGAUCCAUAAAAAGCUGUAGAUCUUCAA